AUGUCGGAUGAGGAACGGACGCGCAUAGCCGUCGCCUCCGACAAGGAUACAACCCAUUGUCAUGGCCCUAAGUCCUUUAAAUUGCUUAGAUUACCUGUGCCGAGACCUGGCCAAGUUUUGGGACUCGUGGGAAAAAAUGGCAUUGGAAAAACUACUGCUAUUCAACUUUUGUCUGGGUUGCUCAUACCUAACUUGGGACGCUUUAAUGAUCCUCCUGGAUGGAAAGACAUUUUAUAUUUUUUUCAAGGAUCUGAGUUGGACGAGCUGCACACUUACUUCAACAGUUUUGUUAAAGAUAAAUUGAAGGCGGUCGUCAAGCUUCAGUGCAUCAAUGCAAUCCAUGAAAGAGCUAAAGAGAAAGCUAGCUCUGGAGCUCGUAGACGAAAUGUUGGGCAAAUUCUUACUAGUGUAGAUGAAAGAGAUAUGAAACAAGAACUUGCUGCUGACCUUGACUUGAUUCAUCUUAUGGACCGUUAUUUGGAAAAUUUAUCUGGUGGAGAGCUUCAGAGGUUUGUAAUAGCAUAUACUGCUCUAAAGAAUGCAGAUAUCUAUUUGUUUGACGAGCCAUCAAGUUUUCUUGAUGUUAAACAAAGAUUAAAAUCUGCCCAAGUUAUCAGAUCCUUGCUUCAACCUAAUAUCUAUGUGAUUGUGGCAGAGCACGAUCUUAGUGUGCUUGAAUAUAUGUCCGACAUCAUAUGCUGCCUUUAUGGGAGACCUGGUAGAUAUGGGGCCGUUACGCUUCCCUUCUCUGUCAAAGAAGGGAUUGCUAUUUUCCUCUCUGGAUUUGUGCCAACUGAAGGUUUCUGGUUUAGAGAUGAUUCUCUUACAUUGAACGUUGCAGAGACUCCGCCAGAGGAAAGUGAAACAUGUGCAAGACACAAGUAUCCAAGCAUGACUAAGACUCUUGGAAACUUCAUGCUCAAGGUGGUGGAGGGUGAAUACACUGAUUCUCAAAUUAUUGUGCUGCUUGGAGAAAAUGGGGCAGGAAAGUCAACCUUCCUACAGAUGCUGGCUGGCUAUUUGAAGCCUGAUUCAGUAGAAGGAUCUGAUGUGGAAAUUUCUGACUUGAAUGUCUCUUACAAGCCACAAAGAUUGACUUCUAAAAAUGAGUUCACCGUGAGAAUUAUGUUGGAAUAUAUAUGUCAUGAUUCGUACAUGGAUCCUGGGUUUGUAUCUGAUGUGAUGGAGCCUCUAUCGAUUCAAAAGUUGAUGGAUAAAAAGCUUGUGAAUCUCUCUUAUGGAGAAUUACAGAGGGUUGCCCUCACUCUUUGUCUUGGAAAGCCAGCAGAUAUAUAUGCGAUAGAUGAACCAAGUGCAUUUCUUGACUCAGAGCAGCGCAUCGUUGUUUCAAAAGUCAUAAAGAAAUUCAUACGUCAAAGGAAGAAGACUGCAUUUAUUGCAGAGCAUGAUUUUAUCAUGACAACAUACCUUGCUGAUAGGGUGAUUGUGUACGACGGAAAGCCAUCUGCUGGUUGUGUUACCAAGUCGCCUCAAUCACUAAUGACUGGAAUGAACCUCUUCCUAUCACACUUGGAUUUUACAUUCAGUAAGGACCCAACAAAUUUGCUGCCUAGGAUCAACAAACUGGAGUCGAUCGAGGAGUCCUCUGGACCUCACUAUUAUAUGGAUGACUAACUUUCAGCAUUAUGCUUCCUGGCUACCACAUUCCAUUGCUUUGGUUUAAUGUUAACAUCACUUUAAGAUACUUAUGAUAUAAAUUUCCGGAGAUGUCACAACACAGUUGUUAGAUUUUAGUUCCCUGAUACCAACUCCUGUUCGAACAUGAGUUCAAA